AUGUCGGACAACCAAAGCUGGAACUCCUCCGGUUCCGAGGAGGAUUCGGAAACUAGAGAAGAAACGGGGAACCCGGUGGGCGUCGGCAUUUUCAGCGGGGUGCUCAGCAAGUGGACCAACUACAUCCAUGGGUGGCAGGACCGCUGGGUGGUGCUGAAGAACAACACGCUCAGCUACUACAAGUCGCAGGAUGAGACGGAAUACGGCUGCCGUGGCUCGCUGUGCCUUAGCAAGGCAGUUAUCACACCCCACGAGUUUGACGAAUGCAGGCUGGACAUCAGCGUCAACGACAGCGUGUGGUACCUGCGAGCCCAGGACCCCGAGCACAGGCGGCUCUGGAUCGACUCUAUUGAGCUGCACAGGGCCGAUCCCGGCUACGGUUCCGAGUCUAGCUUGCGGCGGCACGGCUCCAUGCUCUCGCUCACGUCGGCCACUAGCGGAUACUCGGCCACCUCCGCCUCUUCUUUUAAGAAGGGUCACAGCCUGAGAGAGAAGCUGGCGGAGAUGGAGACCUUUCGAGACAUCCUGUGCCGGCAGGUGGACACGCUGCAGAGAUACUUUGACGGCUGUGCAGACGGCGUGUCGAAGGACGAGCUGCAGAGGGACAAAAUCGUUGAGGAUGAUGAGGAUGAUUUCCCGAGCACCCGCACGGAUGGAGAUUUUCUUCACAGCAACAACAACAACAACAGCAAAGACAAAUUGUUCCAGUGCUCCAAUCCCAAGGAGGUGAACGGAAUCGACUUCAAAGGCGAAGCCAUAACGUUCAAAGCCACCACCGCUGGCAUCCUCGCCACUCUGUCGCAUUGCAUCGACCUGAUGGUAAAGAGGGAAGACAGCUGGCAGAAGAGGCUGGACAAGGAAAUGGAAAAGAGAAGAAGAAUUGAGGAGAGCUACAAAGCAGCCCUCAAUGAGCUGAAGAAAAAAUCCCACUUCGGAGGUCCAGAUUACGAGGAGGGUCCGAACAGCCUCAUUAAUGAGGAAGAGUUUUUUGACGCGGUCGAAGCUGCUCUCGACAGACAGGAUAAAAUAGAACUGUCGGAGAAGACAAGAAUCCAGAGAUCUAGCCCACCUCCACCAGCAGAUGUCUUCUCCAGCUCAGGCUCUCACAGAUUGUCUGAGCAGGUUCUCCAACAAAGACACCUCAGUCAUUUUCCGCAGGUAUCAACCCUGCAAAUGAUCAAAAAUUCGACAACAUGGCUUCCUCUCACGCAGGUGGAGGAGAUGGUGCAGAGUCACAUGACCUACUCACUUCAGGAUGUCGGCGGUGACGCUAACUGGCAGCUGGUGGUGGAAGAAGGAGAGAUGAAAGUAUACAGGAGGGAAGUGGAGGAGAACGGCAUUGUUCUUGACCCGCUCAAAGCCACCCACUCGGUGAAAGGUGUUACGGGACACGAGGUGUGCCACUACUUCUGGGACACGGCCUACCGAAACGACUGGGAAACCACCAUUGAGAACUUCAACAUUGUUGAGACGCUGUCGGAGAACGCCGUUGUCGUCUAUCAGACGCAUAAGAGAGUGUGGCCCGCGUCCCAGCGUGACGUUCUGUACCUGUCAGCCAUGCGUAAGAUGGUAGCUAGCAACGAGAACGACCCCGACACGUGGCUGGUGUGCAAUUUUUCCGUGGACCACCAGGAUGCGCAGCCAAGCAGCCGCUGCGUACGCGCCAAGAUCAACAUCGCCAUGAUCUGCCAGACCCUGGUCAGUCCACCAGAGGGCGACAAAGAGCUCAGCAGAGAUAAUGUGCUGUGUAAAAUCACCUACGUGGCAAAUGUGAAUCCCGGAGGCUGGGCACCAGCAUCAGUUCUGCGGGCGGUGGCCAAGAGAGAGUACCCAAAGUUCCUGAAACGUUUCACCUCCUACGUGCAGGAAAAGACGGCUGGCAAGCCCAUCUUGUUCUGA